GUCCGCAGUUGAGCAGUGCCACAUCAGCAGCAGGGAGUGCCACGUCAGCAAUCCUCCGGCCUGGUCUAUGCUCACGCGCUCUCAAACAGCCGGCAUGGACCAGAAGCAGGGGGAACGGUCGAGGCCUAUCAGGCGCGGAUGCUGGUUUUCAUUACCGAGGCCAAGCAACGAUCGGAUGCGGUAGCAGCCGCAGAGAAGAAGAAGGCCGAGGAUGCACAGAAAGCACGUCUGCUGGCAAUCGAACAGAAGCGCCAGCACAACGAGGCAGCAGCACAUGCUGCCGAUGAAGAGCGCAGUCAACGACGCGAGAAGGUAUUCAGCGAGGAGAGAGCUCUACUCACUAUGGCAGCGGAAUGGCAGGCAGAGGCCAAAGGUGGCGAACUCAACGACAGCGGACCACGAAUCUCGCUGUUGAUCUCCCACCUCACGGACGGCCUGGCAACGUGCAUUGCACAACAGGAGGACAUCCAUAGCCUCGACGGCCAGGUCAAGCAAAUCAACAGCCGUCUACAACAGCUGGAGCAACGACCUGUCACCAGCUCCUCCAACACGUCCGAUCAUCUUGACGCAUUGGAAAUCGGCGUUGGAGCACUCAAGAACGGCGCGCAACUACAACAAACCACAACUCAACAACUUGAGCAGCGGAUCUGCGCUGCCGCCGCUAACUCGAGCACGUCACCACGGGAGACGACUCCGAAGUUCGAUGGUCAGGAGAUCUUCUACCACUCUACAAAGACGGACCCAAUUUCGUGGUUCCGCAAGUUCGAGCUCAAGUUACAGCUCUACCACGUCAGCGAAGAGAAGAAACACAUGUACUUGUACUCCCGAUCGGGGGGCGCGUGCCAAGUGUGGUUGGACAAUCUCUUGCCCAAGUACGGGGUGGUGGCUGCCGACUUAUAUACCAAGAUCAGUUGGGAUGAUCCGAAGGAGGCGUGGCAUAAGCGGUUCCAAAUAUAGCCGCUGGAAAUCAAAGCAAUGGACAAAU